GCGAUUAAAGUCACCGUGGUGUCGUACUUUUCAAUAUUUACUAUCUAGGACUAUUACAUAGUGAUACCGACUCAGAUUCACAAUUGCUAUCGUUUACAGGCUUUGACUAAGCAAAGGGUCUUAUCAGAGCUGUUAAGUGGUCGCGUACAGAUAAAGUUGACCUACCCUUAAAUGUAUUAGAUAGAGAGGAAUGUUUGUAUCUAUAUAUCAGGCAAUAAGAUGAAAAGCCUCAUUCAUUUUGUGUGUAUUCUACUAUUUGCUGUAUUGACAUUUCAGAUAGUUAUCAAGGCGUUUCAUAGUUGUUCGGGUAUGGUGUAAUAGUUGAUGAAAGGAAUACUAGAACAUUUAGCAUUUUAAACCUUUUAUAACGAGGAUAUACAAGACUGAUGUUGCAAAUGGACCUUUAAAGAUGACGUCAGUAAGAUCGGCGCGUAUUACAGCUAUUCGGCUAUGUUUUAAUCUUUUCCGAGGUGAGGUCAACUGUAUCUCAGCAAUCUGCUUCUUAGUACUUGUCUUCGUUUUCCUUUCUAUGGUGGUAAGUAUGAAACGCACGCCCACUAUAAUGACGUCACUCGAGCAUGCUAGACUGAAUUGGAAAGACCUGGAAAAGGAAUCUGAAAAUACUAUACUUAUUGAACAUGAAGAUGGAAAUGUUUAUAUUGCUUUUAAAAUGAAGGAUUCUGCUAAAAUCGUUAAACAUUUAAAAACUGGUAUUAAAGACCUUAAACAGUCACGUGAUCUAAUGUCCGAAACGAGGCACGUUUUCGCAGAAAACAAAUUUAGCAAUAUGAAAAAAGUGAAUAAUAAAACUAAAGGUGAAAGGAAGACUGGACCUGACGAUCGUUCUUUAGAGAACGGACAUUCUUUUCCUCUGACAGUUUCGAGCCACCCGUACAACAUUAACAGCAAAUUCGUGUGCAAAGGAGUAAAAGAAUUGUCGUUUAUUGUAGUAGUACAUUCUGCCACCACACAUUUCAUGAGACGGUCAUCAAUCAGAGAAACUUGGGCCAAUUUUAAGCUCUUUAAAAGACAUUCAAUGAGAAUAGUGUUCAUUCUUGGAAAACCUGAAAAGGAUUCAACGCAAGCUCUUAUCGAACAUGAAUCGGCAGUGAAUAAAGAUAUCGUACAAGGGAAUUUUAUAGAUUCGUAUAGAAACCUUACUCAUAAAGGUGUUUUAGGACUUAGGUGGAUUUCAGAGUUCUGUAAGCAAGCAGAAAUUAUUGUCAAAGUUGACGAUGACGUUUUUCUAAAUGUGUUCAAACUAAUGGAAGAAUUAGAAUCAAAUUUUAGAAACAAAACGAGACAAAUAUGGUGUCCAGUGAGGAAUAAAGGAACAAGUCAGAUUCAGAGAAAGAAAGGGAAGUGGAAAAUCGACGAGAGCGAAUUUAAAAAUAUGACACAUUUUCCGGUGACGUAUUGUAAUGGAUUUUUCACAGUUAUCACAAAAGACAUUAUAAAAGAAAUGUAUGAAGCAGCCAGAGUUACGCCAUUCUUUUGGGUGGACGAUGUAUAUUUGUUUGGGCUUUUGCCAGACAAAAUUAAAAAUGUUAAACACGCUCCCCUGAUGAAUCUCAAUUUAAAUGAGAAAGACGCUAUAGAAUGUUUUGAAUCAAAGGACAAGAAGUGCCAUCUUCUAGUUGCUAAUGCGCAUUCUGAUGGUAUAAUGGACAAGUUCUGGUUUAGUGCACUGCAACAAUACAAAACACUGGCACAAAAAUACUCAAAGGACGGACUGUUUGUUUGAAUGUUUGUUUUCCUUUUGCGAGUCGAAAGGUUCUUUAUACAACAAAAACAGCAUAUUUGCUGUUUUUAGGUUAUUAUCUUGGUAAUGUAAAGUAGAAUGAUUCAGUGAAGAGAAGAUUGUGGAACAGACUCAACGUUGCUAAACUAACUUGAUUUUUGCUAAGGAAUACCUUACUACUUAAAAUCUUGUCUACGUAAUACGUAAACAAUCACCGCUGCUGGUGACCUGCUAUACAUCUGAAAUUUUGUAAAACCUUGGCAACUGUGGUCUUUUGUUUAACCUUAUAGACAUACAUUUGUUUAUAUUCUGCAUGGUAAACGCACGAAAUAAAACAUCUGAAACGGUUUUGAAAUGAUGAUUAAUUUUUUUACCUACAAUAUUUAUGUUUUGAUAUGUAUGUGUUUAGAUGGACAAUUAGCAAAAUUAUGAAUAUUAAAAAAAAACCAUAUGAUUUUAUCAAUCAUAAAUUAUGAACAUUAAAAAAACCAAACACACAUUUCAAGAGUUUCCAUUCAAGUACAUGUGUUAACAACUGAAAUAUAUACUGUUUACACCGAGCUUAAUACCGCAACUUUCUGCAAAUAGACCUCACCUUUGUUGAUGUUUAUACUUUUAAUCCCGAUUAAAAAACCACACCUU